GCUAACGAGCGGAGCCUGUACUAGCGUUGUUCCCCAAUUGUGCCUGCUUCCGUGAUACUUCUGCCCAUCUGCUGCAAUGUCACACUCCGCUAGAGCUCUCUUAAGGGCCACUCCACGUCUUGCACUGGCCUCUCGUCUUGCCUGUGCUUCAUCCUCUGUGGUGCGCAAUGCCUUGUUUACCACCACCUCCGCCCAUGUGGUGAAGAGCGGCUCAUCAAGGGUUGCGAGUAUUGGGGUGAGAUUCAACUCCACAAAGGCUGAGGAGCCACACCGCCCAACCAUCAGCCAGGAGGAGCCACCAAAGGUUUAUGACUAUCAACAGAUCAAGGAUUUGACCGAGCACCCGCAAGAGGACAAGAUCAUCGUAGAUGUCAGAGAGCCGGCUGAAUACCAAGCAGGAUCCAUUCCAGGAGCCAUUAACAUUCCAUACAAGUCCACUCCGGGUGCAUUGGACCUCUCGCCUGAAGAGUUUGAGGAGGCAUUCAAGUUCAAGAAGCCUUCAAAGGAUAAAGAGUUGAUCUUUUACUGCCUUGCCGGUGUUAGAUCCACAGCAGCAGCAGAUCUGGCCCAAAUGUUCGGAUACAAGAAACUAGGAAACUACGUCGGCUCUUAUCAGGACUGGUCUUCUCAUGAACAACCUCAAGAGAAGCCAGAGGAGGAAGCCAAGAACGACGGUGAGAAGUCAGAGGAGAAGUAAGCUCGCUUGAUGACGCUGUUAUUCGCCAUGGAUAAGAGAUAGACACCUAUAUACAAACCUCCUUUGCGGUUAUUCUCUUACAUCUCGUUACUACAUUCCACAAUGCUUGUUUUCCAUCUUCUUUUCUAAUAUUGAACAUAUGCAUCAGUGAUAUUAUACACAAGUAUUCAUAUUAUAUAAUACUCAAUCUCUAGGUCUGUUGAAUUCCAACUGUUUGAACUCUUUACCCAAUCUUCUCUUUCUCUUUCUCUCCACCACUUUCU